GAUUAAAGCUUUUGAAUUGUAAAUAAUUUAAAAUUUAUUUUACAGAUAUGAAUGCUGAAAAAUUAAGUAAGUUGCAGGCCCAAGUUCGAAUAGGAGGAAAGGGUACAGCACGUAGAAAGAAGAAAGUGGUUCAUAGAACAGCAACAACUGAUGAUAAAAAACUUCAAAGUUCCUUAAAAAAGCUUACAGUAAAUAAUAUCCCUGGCAUUGAAGAGGUUAAUAUGAUUAAAGAUGAUGGUACAGUUAUCCAUUUCAAUAAUCCUAAAGUUCAGGCUUCUUUGGCUGCCAAUACUUUCGCAAUUACUGGACAUGCUGAAACUAAACAAAUAACAGAGAUGUUACCAUCUAUUUUGAAUCAGUUAGGAGCUGAUAGCUUAACUCAUUUGAAAAGAUUAGCCACAGUUCAGACAGCUGCAGGUGGUGCAGGAGAAUCAUCUCAUGGUUUACUUGAUGAUGAUGAUGAAGAUGUGCCAGAUCUUGUAGAAAACUUUGAUGAGCCAUCAAAGACGGAAGGAGUUUAAGAACAAAAUUCACUGAUGCAAUUUUUAAUCCUUUUUGAGUGGGCUAUGUGUAAAUCUAUAUGUUAAAUAAAAGAUUGGGGAGAAAAAAACAAAUGUAUUGCAGACAUUGUAAACUUUUUUGUAUUCAAGUAAACUAUCAUUUUGUCUGUGACACAUUAUUUACAUAGAUUAUUAUGAAAUUAUAUACAGUAUACAUAAAAUAAAAGUUUGAUUUUUUCCCCCCAAAA